AUGGGUAAAAAGAACUUACAGGAACCAUUUGAAGAUCUCAAAGAACCAUUAUUCCGUUAUCAAUCUCGAGCGAAUUCUCCGCCGAAAUUUCAAGGAAAUAUCGGAGAAACUAUCAUAAAAGUGAAUGAGGGCAACGAUAGUGUUGGAAAGUUAAUUUAUAAAUUGAGGGGUGAAGAUGCUGAUGGAGAUUCUUUGAGGUUUGGUGUUGCGGAGAGUAAGGAUUCGGAUAUAGUUCGAAUCGAAAAUGUAGGCCAUACUGAUGCCAAUGUUUAUCUAAAUAAAGAGUUGGAUAGAGAGAAGCAAAACGAGUACAAAAUUUCUUUUACUUUAACUGAUGGAAAGCUUUCUCCGGGACAGUUUAUUCAUAGUCAAGAAUUGCACAUUAUUGUUGAGGAUGUCAACGACAACGAACCAAUUUUUCGCCCUUUCAGGCCAACAGUUUCUAUACCUGAAAAUGCUAAAAAAGGCCUUAUAAUAGAAAAAGUUAAAGCUGAAGAUUCGGAUGCUGGACCAUUCGGACAAGUCAUCUACCGUUUACAAAAGACAGACGAAGACACAAUGAACACCUUUUCCGUGAGGACACAAAAUGGAGAAGGAGUCAUUACACUAAUUGGACCAUUAGACUACGAGAAGAAGUCCAUCCAUCAACUUCGUGUUUUGGCCAUUGAUCGAGCAAAUACAGGAAGAAUUAAUACUGCAACAGCCGCCAUUUUGAUUAAGGUCGAAGACGUUGAGGAUCAACCACCAGAAUUCAUCAUUGUUCCUCCAGUUACACGUAUUCCGGAAGAUCUGACAGUUAAUUCUCAUGUCUUAACAGUUAAAGCCGUUGAUGGAGAUCGUGGUGUCAACAAUGCAAUUACAUAUAGAAUAAUUAGAGGUGGAAGAGAUCUUUUCGCAAUCAACAGUAACACAGGCAGAAUUACAGUACAGAAGCCAUUAGAUAGAGAAAGUACAGAUAACAGAAACGGAGCUUUCAUUCUGGAGAUCGAAGCUCAAGAAGUUGCGCCAACUUUUUUUCCUCCUCCGAGCGUUACGACGGAAGUGACGAUCAUUUUAAAUGACGUCAACGACGAAACACCAACCUUUAAAAGUCAACGUUACAUUGCAGAAAUUAAUGAAAAUGCUCAAGAUAAUGUCCCUGUUAAUUUCAUAGGAGAGAGCAUACCCGAAGUUUUCGAUCAUGAUCAAGGAAACAAUGGCACAUUUCGAUUGUUUCUGGAAGGUGAUAACGAUGUGUUCGAAGUUACACCAGAAGAAGGUGUAAACGAAGCGUCAUUUCUAAUUCGCGUGAAAAAUUCUCAAGCUUUGGAUUAUGAGAUAACGAAAUUAAUGAAUUUCAAGAUUAUAGCGCGUGAAUCAGUGUUACAACAACCUAAAUCAAGUUCAGCUGAGGUUACUAUAUAUAUUAGAGAUGUUAACGAUAAUUUUCCCGAAUUUAGCGAAGAAUUAUAUAAGGCUAGAAUACCAGAAAAUGUUCAAGCGGGAACUUCUAUAAUUACAAUUAAGGCCACCGAUCGAGAUUCAAAGGAAUAUGGGACAUCAGGAAUAAGAUAUACAGAAAUCAGAGGACAAAUAGCAGACAAAUUACACUUAGAUAUAAUUACCGGUGAGAUAACUGUGACAACAUCUCAACACGGAUUCGAUCGUGAACUGACGUCACAGUAUUAUGUCACAAUAGAAGCUCGCGAUGAUAAUGGACAUGGCAACAGGAACACGGUUCAAUUGCAGUUGUCAUUGGAAGACGUCAACGAUAACGUGCCUUAUUUUUUACAAACCAAAUACGAAGCGAGAUUGGUGGAAAAUGAAAUGGAGUUCUUAACUCCUUUAGUAGUUAAGGCUCAAGACGAUGAUCUGAAAGGUUCCCCUAACAGCGAAAUCAGAUAUGAAAUUAUUCAAGGAGACAAAGAAGGAAAUUUCACAAUUGAUAACAUUACUGGAGAAAUACGACCUCGUCAACCUAUAGACUAUGAAAGAAUACCUCAAGGAAAAGGGGAUAUUCGCACCUUCUCCUUAACAGUUAGAGCCUACGAUUUAGGAUUUCCCUCUUUGUACAACGAUGUUCCUGUCAUCAUAUACAUUCAAGAUCAGAACGACCAUACACCCACGUUCCAGAGAUCGUUUUAUAGUAAAUCUAUCCAAGAAGAUACACCAAAUGGAACUUCUGUGCUUCAAGUAAUAGCAUUCGAUGGCGAUCAUUCGCAAUCUAAUAGUCGUAUAGCUUAUCGAAUCCAGUCUGGUGCCCAAGAUAAAUUUGUAAUAAAUGCCAAUACGGGUGUCAUCUCGGUAGCUCAGGGUGCUAAUUUAGAUCCCGAUAGGACGAUACCAAAAACGACAUUUUAUCUGUUAGAAGUCCUUGCUCUGGAUGGAGGAAUUGGUGACGAGCAAAGAUAUUCGAAAGUACUUGUAAAUAUUUCUAUCACCGAUGUGAAUAAUAAACCGCCAAUUUUUAUGGAUCUAUCUCCUGCCAUUGUAAGGGAAGAUGCACCAAUCGGUCAUUUUGUCACAAUAGUUUCUGCUACCGAUCUGGAUGAGAGACCCAUCUUAAGAUACUCCAUAGAUCUGGAAAGAAGCGAAGCACGAAACGAAAAGGGAGCUUUAGUAACUGUUGCAGAAUUUGAUUAUGGUGAAGCUUUUGAUAUUAACUCUGUGGAUGGUAUUGUUAAAGUUACAAAAGCACUCGAUCGAGAAAAAGUAGAAAUAGUCAGACUGUUACUCAAAGUUGAAGAUCUUGCAGCAUCUACAGAAGGACAAACAUCCACAGCUACUCUGACCAUCAAAAUUGAUGAUGUAAAUGACAAUAGACCAGAAUUUCAAAAGCAAACUUAUAGAGCAGCUGUUACUGAAAAUGCCAAACCGGGUUCACCUAUACUAACUGUGGUUGCUGAAGAUGCAGAUUUAAAUAGAACACUGUUAUAUUAUUUGGAAGGUAAUCCAGAAUUGACAAGAUUAGUCAGGCUUGAUAGGAAAUCAGGGGAAAUAACUGCAAAUAAUAAAAUUGACAGGGAAGUGUUUGCUUGGCUGAAUUUGACAGUUUUAGCAACGGAUAAUGGAAUUCCUCCAUUAACUGGUACAGCUCAGUUGUUUAUCCAAGUUCUGGAUGAGAAUGACAAUAAUCCUAUAUUCAAUGAAGGACCAAAUGAGUUUUAUAUUCCUGAAAAUGCUGAAGUUGGACAGGAAGUGGCAAUUAUUCAAGCUACAGAUGCUGAUAUCGGUGAUUACGGUCGCAUUACUUAUUUAUUAGAUCCUGCUACUACUAAAGGCCAAUUUCGCAUUAAUAGAGAAACUGGAUUGUUAACAGUAGCUGAGUCUCUGGACAGGGAAGAGGUCAGUUCAUACACUCUUAUUGUUCAAGCCUGGGAUAAUUAUGAAUAUGGAUUUUCAACAGGAGAGAGCAGAAAAGCAUUUAAACAAGUAACAGUGCGCGUCACAGAUAUUAAUGAUAAUAGACCCGAAUUCAUUAAACAGAGAAUGUGUGCCACUGUAACAGAAUUUCAUGAUAUAAGAGAAACAAUUUUUAUGGUUUCUGCUAAUGAUAAAGAUGAUCCUAAUACAUCAAAUGGUCAGGUGUCAUUUUCCAUAGAAUCUGGAAAUCAAGAUGCAUUGUUUGAUAUUGAAAAUAUGGAAAAUAAUAUGGCAAGGGUGGUCUCCAGGAAAUCUCUAAGAAACAAAUUUGGAAAUUAUACUUUAAAACUCAGGGCACAAGAUGGUGGGAAUUAUCCAUUGUUUUCCUUGGAAUUAUUCAAUGUUUGUGUGUCUGAUGUAAAUGAUAACAGUCCAGUUUUUCUCAAACCACCAAAAAAUUUCACAAUUAAAGUUGCUGAGAAUGCAACAUUGGGCACUGUUGUUGUGGAAACACAUGCAACAGAUGCUGAUGUUGGUCAAAAUGGAGAAAUACGAUAUAGAUUAAAGAAGUUAUCAAAUGGAGAUUGGAGAGCUUUCAAUAUUGAUGAAAAAUCAGGAACAAUUACCUUACGAGAGCAAUUGGAUCGGGAAAGACAAAAAUCCUAUGAACUUAGAGUAGAAGCUUAUGAUUUGGGAAAACCAACUUCUCUUUCAACAGAUUUAGACAUUAUCAUUUUUGUAACAAAUGUCAAUGAUUAUUCACCAGAAUUUUUAGAAGAUGUGUUUCAAGUGAUGUUUACAGAAAAUAUGACAGCUGGUCAAGAGUCUUUCAAAUUAAUUUCUACUGUAGAUAAAGAUGAUGAUGAUUCUCCAUCACCAAAACCAAUACCAUGCUAUUUUAUAGUUGAUGGAAAUAAAGAAGGAAGAUUUAAACUAGACAUCUUUACUCAUAGCUUAUAUACAACUGAUGUUUUAGAUAGGGAAGAAAGGUCAAAUUAUACACUUAUAGUUCAAGCUACUGAUGAUUGUUUGCAUGUGCCAAAUUAUUCUGGAGGAUUUGAUCCUAGAGAUAACACCUUACUACAAGUCAAUAUUGGUGUAAGGGAUAUCAAUGAUAAUCCUCCAAGAUUUGUUAAAUCAGUAUUUACAGGUGGUGUUACUACAGACAUGGAUUUUGGAACUGUAUUUAUGUCUGUAAAGGCUGUAGACUUGGAUAUAGGUGAAAAUAGUAUUGUAAAUUAUUAUAUCAUUGGAGAAAUUCAAAGAACUUUGUCGGAAGGACUAGAUUCUAUCAAAAACUCGCCCUUUGCCAUUGAUAGAGAAACUGGGCAAAUUAGUCUUACAUUUGAUCCUCAAAAGGGUAUGAAAGGAUAUUUUGAUUUUGAAGUUUUAGCAAAUGAUACAGAUGGACUUUUCAGUACUGCCAGAGUUUUUAUUUAUCUGUUACGUGAAGAUCAAAGAGUUCGUUUUGUAUUAAGACUUACUCCAGAAGAAUUAAGAGAGAAACUAGAAAAUUUCAGAGAUGUUCUCAGCAAUAUAACAGGUGCCAUAGUCAAUGUGGAUGAAUAUAAAUAUCAUGAAAAUCAUGAUGGAUCUGUGGACAAAAAGAAGAGUGAUUUAUAUAUGCAUUUUGUUAAUAGAGAAGAUAAUUCCAUUAUGGACGUCAAUACGGUUUUAAUUUAUUUGGAUAGAAACAUUGAAUUUUUAGACGAAUUAUUUAAAGAAUUCAACGUCCUAGAGAGUGAAGCUGCUAAAGAUACCAUAGUAAUGGCGAGUGUCGAAGGCCAAGUAAGAGUGUGGUUAAUAGGAUUAGCCGUAUUUUUGGCAAUUAUGCUGGUUUUAGUCAUCUCUUUAUGUUUAACUCAGAGAAGCAGGUAUGAAAGGAAAUUAAAAGCAGCUACUGCAACAGCAUUUGGUUCUCAAGAUUCAGCUCUUAAUCGUAUGGAUGUACCAAAUACGAACCAACACUCCGUAGAAGGGUCGAAUCCAAUUUGGAUGCACGCUUACGACAACGAAUGGUAUAAAGAUGAAGAGGAACUGAGCCAUAGAUCAGAAGAUGACAAUUCUUUAGAUGAAAAUGCAGUGGAAGAUACCGAAACUUCUACCAGUCCAUCGAGUGAGACUACACCCCAACAUGCUCCUACAGUCAAUUAUAAAAGUGUUAGAAUAGCAUCCGAACCAUUUACCAUUACGUCAAACAAUUCUCCUAAAGUUACGUCUGGUAUUCAACAGAUUCAUAACACUCCACCCAAGGAUCCGGUCCAAGAACAAAAUGAUCUUAACAAAUCAAAUAAACAUUUCAUAUACGGAUCGGGUCCGGUGCUCUUAACACCUCACAUUGCCAAUUUGGAAACUUCGGAACUUUAAAUUUGAAUUAAUUUCUAGAAGUUUUGAGUAAAUUAUUAUUUGGAGCAGGACUUUUAUAUAUAUAUAAUUAUGCAACGAGGGGAAGUGCUCCUUUUUUUUGUACCCUACUCGUGUGAAUAACUCGAAAUUGAAGUUGUGAAAGAACAUUUUUCAAAGCUCAAAAACUAGUUCCAUGCUCAACUUUGAUAAAUAUUUCGAGUUUGGAAGUAAAUGGAGUAAAUUUAGUGACUAUUUUUAUAAAGAGAAAAUCCAUUUUUUUGGAAUUUAUACGAAAUAUUUCGUGAAGGACCAUACUUAAUUGAAUGAAUGGAUGAACAGCGCUUUUAAACUACUCGUGCCACAGAAGUUUGACGUCUUGUUUUUUAUUUUUUUUUUAAUGAUUUGUGAUGUCGUUAUACAUGAACAUUUUGUGUAUCUAAAUUAUUGUAUUUUAUGCCAUAAUCAUUAUUGUCUUAACGUUAUCAUCUAUCUGCCAUCGGACCAAUAACUUUCAAACUGUUGUGACAUGUAUCGUUCAUUUUUUUUACAUGUUGAAACGAAUGAAUUAAAAACGAAACGUUCGACUUUG